UCCCCAGUUCUAGAACCCACUCAUAUUCCACUGAUCACCAUCAACCCUUCCCGCCAGAUUUCACCUUUACUCUGUUCCACCACUGAACCCUGAAAGUAUUAUUCGCUGGGAAAAGACCACACACCACCCUCUGACGUCGUCUCUUACCUUGGUCUUCGCGUGCGAACUAUAACAGCGGACUACCGCCCAACUCCUAAAGUCCGACGCACCACAGUGCACACGACCCUCGAUCGUUCCCCUCGCUUCUACUCCCUCCCACACCUCACACACAAACACAUACCAUGGCGACGCCUGCAGCAACCAAGCGUCUCACGCGAGAAUAUGCGACCAUCUCCAAGUCCCCCCCGCCGUACAUCAUCGCGCACCCGUCCGAGAGGAACAUCCUCGAGUGGCACUACGUCCUGACCGGCCCGCCCGACACGCCGUACGACGGGGGCCAGUACUGGGGCACGCUCAUGUUCCCGCCCGACUACCCCUUCGCCCCGCCCGCCAUCCGCAUGCACACGCCCUCCGGCCGUUUCCAGUCCAGCACCCGCCUGUGCCUUAGCAUCUCCGACUUCCACCCCAAAAGCUUCAACCCCGCAUGGGAGGUCAGCACCAUCCUGACGGGCCUGUUGAGCUUCAUGACGAGCGAGGAGAUGACGACCGGCUCGGUCCGCGCGUCAGACGCAGAGCGCAAGCUGUUCGCGCAGCGCACACGGUGGUGGAACAGCACGGGCGGCGGCUCCAAGGCGCAGAACAACGGCUCCCGCGGUGCGGGCGCCAUCAAGGCUGGCGACGGCGGCACCAAGUUCCGCGCAGAGUGGCCCGAGCUGGACGAGGAGAACCAGACGUGGAUGAAGGAGAAGCGCAUCAACCUGCAGACCGGCCUUCCCCUCGCUUCAUCGUCACAACCACACUGCUCGCCCGACAUGGCGGGUCUGCGAAAGCGCGCAAACGGCAGCGCGGCUACAGUUGGGGCUGUCGUCCAGCAAGGCCAGGUAGCGCGGGAAGCAAGCCAGAGCUGGUUCGGUCGCAACAAGUGGAGGAUCGUCAUUGGCACGCUGAUAUCAUUUAGCGGAUUCGAUUCACACGCUCCUACCGUACCGGACCGAAUUCUUUGCAAGCACCUUCCAGGGCUGACUCCAGACCCUUUCAACCUGGCGUCACCGCUUGUGUACUUUACUCCCGACAUCCACUCUAUCCAGUCAAUAACCAUCAUUCCAUCGCUACUUGUGGUAUUGUAUUUCGCAAUUGAGAAAUUCUCGACUCCAAUCUCAUCACUUCUCCUCGAGACUACACACUUCAUAGCAAGUUCUCCUGUUACUUUCUCCAGCAAAGAUGUCUGUUUCCUGGCUGAGGCAUACUGCCAGCCAUGAUAAGUGGCCACCUCCGGACUGCAACGCCGUUCUUCUUCGCCUUUUAUUUUCUAGUAAAUUAAAGCAACAGUGGAAGCUGAAGAAAGAGCAGGUCGUCGAGAAACGGACACAAGCAGUGAAGUUAGGGACCUCCUUACACUAAUCGAAGCAGUGGAAAGGAGUAACGAGGAGACCUCAGCGAAAUCAGAUACUCUGGUUCAGCAGCUCGGAAAGCUUCAUCAACUUCAGCAACUGAACAAACUCAAGAAGUUGGAUCGCCUUGAUGAACUCCUUUCAGCUG